AUGCAUCUGGGUGGAGGGACGGCACUUUCGCUGCAUGGCUCGUUCCUGCCGGGUCCUCCGCUGGCGGCGACGACGGGCAGCGCAGGCGUGGCAGCCCACCCGUCAGGACUGGUGGCAGUGGCGGGCGGGCGAGUGCUCUCACUCAACCAGCCACUGCCGCUCCCACCGCUGAGUGCACCGGCGCCGCUGGAGGGCGUGCAUGCGGUGGCAGCUGUCUCACUGCGGACGCCCGACCCCCUCGGUGGUCCGCUGGCUUGGUCGCACGCACUGCUCGCUGCGCCGCUUGCGGCUUCACCAUCCAUUGCCGUUGUUGGCAUCGACGACGUGCUAGCAGCGGCGGCGACGGCACCGCUGUCAUCGUCAUCGGCAACCGCACACACAGUCGGGAUCCGCGACUCCACCUCGCUGCCCGGCGCCCAGCCACGGAGCGUGCUCGGCGGGACUGAUGGGCGCGGAAGUGGUGCAUCAACGUCGUCACGUCGGCGGAGCCGUCGUGGUGGUAACUCAAAGCAAGGAAAUGAUGGCAGCACACUCCCGGCGGUAGCGCCGCGCCUGUGGCUCGAGCCCAGCGGCGGCUCGGAGAUGGGAUUGUCGCCGUUUCGGGCUGUGGCGGCUGCACCCGCGCCGCAGGGCACUGAUCCGCUCUUUGCCGCUCUUCACGGUGGCACUGUGCUUGUGUGGGCAGUGGGUGAUGGACGUGGAGCACUUCAGGCUGGAAUCACUGUUUCCAAAGCGCCAAACCUUUGCGUCGACUGGUCACCGCUCUCGCGCGAUGUGCUGGCGGUUGCCGGCGUCUCAGGCUCGAUCAAGCUGGUCGACUUGCGAGCGUCAGAGGGGCUGAGCUGGCGGGCGGCAACAGCGCAUGGAGGAAAGUCGGUGACCUCGCUUGCAUGGUCGCCUCUGGUGCCGUCGUGGCUGGCAUCUGCUGGCGACGACGGUGCAGUUAGGGUGUGGGACGUUCGGCGGAGUACGCGACCUGUCCUGGAUCUUGCCGCAGCGUCGCUACCCGGCCCACCAACCUGCCUUGCGUGGUCACCCUCGCACGCAGAUCAUCUCGGGGUCGGCACGCUCGAUGGCUCGGUUGCCGUCCUCUCGCUCGCGCGCCCGCCGCACUUUACGAUUGCCGACGCAUCGCUCGGGCCGCUCUCAGCCUUUCCAGUCUGCGCGCUUGCUGCAGCUUGUACACUUCCAGAGGCAUACCAUGCAGUCACACUCAGCGGAGAGCUCAUCUCAUUUGCGCUUGACGAGAUGACCUUGGCGGCUCUGGCCGAGCCCGGUGCUGAGGUCGGGCUCGCCCGAUAUGCUGGAUCGGGCAGCGCGAGCGACAUUGCUACCGCGGUGUAUGGGCGCAAGUUUGACGAGGGGUUCAGGGCCAUUGCUGACGGUGCUGCACGGUUGCAGGCACGACACAGGACAAGCGAUGCUGGAGCGCUUCUGGACCUCUGUGUCCCACGCACGGCCCCCGGCGUGUUUGACGAGGGCAAUGAGGGCGCGCUGGACGACGACGAAGCUCGGGCCGCGUUUGGCUCUGACCUCGUCUCGUUUACCUUUAACGUUCCGCCGAACUUUCCGUCACGAAUGGCCUCGCUGCCGUCGCGUGGAACGCGCGAGGCACUUGCUCGGCUCAACCUCUCGCUGCGGCUGCACUCGUGGGUGGCGGCUGAAGACGUGGCUGCUCUCCUGGGCGCGUUGGACACGAUUGUGAACGCGACGUCGGAGGCGCUGGCUGGCAAGACGGCGCUCCGCAUUCCUGUAGCGACGCUGGUGGACAUUGUAGACGUGCUGGCUGCAGCAGGCAAGCACGUGGCAAGUCUUGACUUUGGCCUUCGGCUGGCGGCCGAGUUUGAGACCCACGGACGAUGGCCUGAGUUUGUGCCGCUUGCCGAGGCGCUGCUCACGCCAACGAUCUACGACGCUGAGCUGGCGCCGCUGGGAGGGGCUGAUGUAGCAGGCGAGGAGACGCCUGCUGCUGCAAGCUCGUCAUCAACGACGACAAGCACGCUGCGGCUGCCGACGACGACACAGACUCUCCGCAAGCCGCGCAGUGUGGUUCCGGAGGCACAAGUGGCGGGUGCCGUGUCGCCGCGCAGUUUUCGCGCGGCCGACGACACCGAGGUGGCCAAGCACACCGUGGCACUGUCGGGAGCGCUCGAGUCUGCCAAGUUUGUGGUCUCACAACUCAAGCUGGAGCGGUCGCUGCGUCUGGCGCUGGACACGCCCAACUGGGCAGACGCUGUGGUGGAUCUUGUCGACUCGUCGGGCGUCCAAGCCCACACUCUGCUCUCAAUCCGAGUGCUGGAGGCGUACCUACAAGCACUGAUGAUCCGGCAGCAGUCAGGGAUGGCGUUUGUGUUUGCGUCGAGAAUUGCGCACAAGCUCGCGGACUUUGUGUCUGGCCUCGCGCUGUGGGCGUACGUGGACAACCACAUUGUGCCGGGGCUGGAGCGGGCGGUUGAGCUUGCGGUUGAGCUUGCGGGCGAGAGCAAGGAUCCGGACGCGGUGGUCGAUGUUGUCAUCGACGUCGUGUACAUUGUGUAUCAGCUGGAGGAGGCGACGGACAAUGCGGCGAGAAUUGCGGGAUGGAUCGACAAGCUCAGCGAGAGCUUGGAGAACGCGCUCGAGGCACUGUGUAUGCAGUCGAGCGAGGCCGAGGAGGAGGCUGUGCUCAUCGCGAAGGACCUCAUCGAGGACCGCAGCGGUGAACGACCUCGUCAACAUGCUUGA